GCUGCUUGUAUAGCAAUUGAUCAACUAUAGCAACCCGAUCAUAGGAGUUGCAACGGCCCCAGACUCAUAGGAUAUCUUCACCUAUCUGAUCUACACCAUCAUGAAUCGCACAGGCCCUGGACCCCAAUCGAUGCGAGCCAUACCGGGGAAUGUAUAUGGUGCUCCACAACCGAAUGGCAGCAGAGGCCCAUUGCUAGGAAGCGGCAGGUUGCAGAAUGGCAAGCUAAGUGGUGGGAACAACAACUCAGGAUGGGGCUUUGGGGGAAUGCCCAUGGGAGGUGCGCCUGGUCUUUCGUCGGGGCAAUCACGUACAAACUUUGCGCAAACAAUAGGAGGGAAUCAAUCACAAGCACCUCUAGAUCUAUCAGAAUUUCCAUCCUUAGGCGGCGCGCCUCAAUCUCAGCAACAACAAAGCUCAUCUCAAUUAUGGGGAGCCAACCCGAGUCUGCGCAUGUCGCAACACACGCCCGUUCAGCGACCGCAAGGCCAGAAUGCACAGUCGAGCGUACAGCAGGUGCAACAACACGACACCGCUCCACACGAUGAACACCAAUCGUCCUCACGAUUCCGGAGCUCAGGCGAGGACUUUCGCUUUGGCGCACAAGGGAGCAUCGGACAGUUGGCUGGUGGCUCGCAGCCUCAGACCGGCAACGUUGAAGAGUUUCCUCCUCUGGGCGGAGCUGGCGGUAAUGGUGACAUGUUGCAAGAGAGACGCUCUGUUAUAGGCCAGGGUUCGGAGUUCGGUGGAUCGAGCAGUCCAUUUCCCAAUCUCGGACAAUCAAGAAACGGCUUGUCGAGUCCCAGCGAUAGCCAACACGAACGAUCAAUAGCCUCUGCAGUUGGUGAUAGUAGAGGAGCAGGAACGAGACCACACACAGAUGACAGGAAUGGACUAUCACGGGCACUUCAAGGGGCUAGUGGAAUGCAACUCUUCGGAGCGCAAGGUGCGCCGUUAGGAUUACCGUUCAGAAAUACAGGCUACCGAGACCCUGCACAGCAGCCUAUAGGAGCGCGCUCGCAGCAAUAUCCUCUCGAUCAAAGUUUUGGACCCGACAAUCUUGACCAAGAAACUGUACCGGCGCGGCAUAAACGAUUGACAGAUAUGACGGAGAGCGAGCGAUUCGGGUUACCUGGUCUGCUAGCUAUGAUAUCGGAACACGGCCCUGAUCAUUCAGCCUUAGCAGCGGGGCAGGAUCUUACAGCACUCGGACUAGAGUUGAAUCGACCUGACAACUCCCCUCUAUAUCCAACUUUCGGUUCACCUUUUUCGGAUGUAACAAGGCCCGUCAUACCAGACUUCUCGCUCCCUCCGGCAUAUACGGUCAACAAUGUACCGCCACUCUCCCAAAAGAUGUCAAGCUUCUCUCCAGAAACGCUACUGGCUAUCUUCUAUCAAUUUCCCCGCGACAUCAUGCAAGAAUUCGCAGCAGGCGAACUGUACAAUCGCGAUUGGCGGUGGCACAAGGGACAGCGACAGUGGAUGAUGAAGGAUCCGGACUUGCCAGCACCACAGCGCAUCUCGGAUAAGCACGAGAAUGGUUGGUAUAUCUUCUUUGACGUCAUGAACUGGAGAAAAGAGAGGAGGCAGUUCGAGCUCAAUUAUGAUGAUCUAGAUCAGCGUCAUGCACAACAAAGUCCAGCCGCGCCUAUGUAGUGGGAAUUGUGGACAAAGUCGGGGACAGACCAGGGUCAACUUGGACCCUCUCUUCGAGGCAUUCGAAGGGUUAUGGCGGUUCCACAGACUAUAAAGGCAAUGCAAUGAUGAACCGUCCGGCGGCCUUUGGCUCCGGCGUAUCCUGCAGCAACUCGCUAUCUUGGAAGCUUUUAUUUAUGUGGUGACUGAUUAUUGACUGCAGUAUCCCGAUCGGUGGAUCAUGUCCCGUUCGGCCCCAUUCUCCCGAGUGACCCCGUCGCAG